CGCACGCAUGGAGUUUCGGCACUUUUCCCGCGCUUAGUGACUAUGGUAAAAAAAUCUUGUGAUGUUCACGAAACGGGUCUACCUGAAGUGCAUCUGAAAGCUCGCCUUUUGGAAGCUGGCCUGGAGUAACAAUUUCAGAUAGCAAAUCGCGCGCGGAUGAGCGUGCAGCGAGACUCGGGCCCGUAGCGCCGCGCGCUCAUGGCUGCAGGCGAAGUGCGCGCGCUGCUGGUGAUGGCGGCGUUGGCCGCUCUCGCCACCGCAUACGCCGCCCGCUUCGGCGACCGCCUGGCUCCGCGCGUACCCGCCGCGUACGCUCCUCGCAACGCUCCGUCAGAACAUCACUAUACCGAUGCUGAUUACGAGGAGACAUAUGAACAGGAAUACGAAGAACAGAACCUUUCGGUCGAAGAGGAAGAAGCUCAAGCAGAAACAGAACCGCCGCCGCGACGUCCCGCCCGUACUGAAGCGCAUCGGCUCGAGAUGAGUACGGAGUACUUUGUGGUUCCCGAACGAACAUCAUCAUCGACACCUUCGCCAACUUCAGUCAAGACCCUUGUUUCAUCGCCCAUCCCGGUACUUAAAAAUACAACAAUAAUAACGACGUUACCGCAGCCGUCUCAGGGCAUAUUGAGGUUAGAGCCAUGGGCAGUGCCGAUAUUAGCGUUGGCUUGUGUGACUAUAGUAACACUUGGCGGUUUUGAAGCAUUCGUCGUAUGGGGAGCUAGCCGCAAAGCUCCAAGUCAGCGUCACCUAUUACUGGGACAGACACUACUUUUUGGAUUGUUAUCAUGCGCAGCAACAGCAGCGCUUUUUGCGAUUACUCCGACAGCGUUCACUUGCGGAGCCGUCCGUUUUGGAACGGGUGUAGCUUAUGUGAUCGUGUUUGCAUCAUUACUAGUGAAAUGUGUAUUCUUAUUGAGUUUAAACGGAGGGGUAUACCUGCCAGCGGUGUAUCAAGGACUCCUGUUAUUUUUCGCAGUGAUGAUACAAGUAGCAAUCGGUGCUCAAUGGCUGGGCGGUUCGCCGCCGCGAGUCAUAAGUGGCGGCGGACGUUGCGACGCUGCUUUAUCUGAUCUCUUAUUAUCAUUGUCGUACGCGGCGUUCCUGAUAACAGUGGUGUGCGGCAUAGCGUUGAGAUCGCGUGGUAUUCGCGACAACUACCGCGAGGCGACCCAUAUCGCAGGAGCUGGUGGCGCGACGGCGGCCGUAUGGGUAUGCUGGGUGGCGGCGGCGCUGGGAGCACCAGAGCGGCACAAAGACGCAUGCGUAGCGGCGGGUUUGCUCGCUACGUGCGCAGUGGUGUUCGCGCUCAUGUUCGCGCCGAAGGGUCGCCGCCUGGCAGCGCUGGGCCGCGAAGGACGCUGGGACGCGGACCGCGAGGAAGGCUUGAGCUCCCUGGGCGCCGGAGGCUCGGGCUACUCGCCGUCGUUCUUCCACUUCAAGCCGGUGAAGUAUGGCAUGGUGUCGGCCGCGGCGCCAUUGCCAGCUCCCCCGCUCGCGCUAGACCGCAAGGAGCCGCCCGCUCAGCCAGCCGAUCUGUACGGCGCGAUGUUCGCGAGCACUACGCACCUACACUCACGCCCUCUGUGUUCUCCACCGCACUACCCUCUACACCCCUUAAUGCACUACCAAUACAAUUAUCCCCCCUUCCACUAUCUUCUACCUCCAGGCGUGAUGGUGCGUCCGGAGGAGGGCAACGUGUACACGAGCGUGGAGCCUACCUUCAGCAGCAACCCCAACGUGUACUUCCAGCGCACGGAGCCGUUGCACGUCGGCAUGAUGUACUGAGCCCUGACAAACCAGCGUUCUGAGGGAACCACUGGGAUUUGGCAGCGCAUUGGCGCCACUGUUCUACAAACUGUUUAAACCGCCCGUUAAAGCGGUCGCGAUGUUUUACGAGUUAUCGUAUAACUUGUACAAGGGAGGCAUGGCUUUAUAGUAUAUUUUUUCUUUAAAUAAGUUCCUAAAGUAUGUUUCAUUUAAUAAUUUUUUUAACGACACCAGUUUGGGUGUGGGUGACGGUUUAGAGAGAAAUUCUAUUAUUUUUCCAGACAAUGAAACAAGUAUAAUGUUAGAACUAAAAACAAUUAAAUCGAAGCCAUAUCACUUUGGUACAAGGUAUGGGAUGCGUAAAAUGGAGCUAACGCUUUACAACCUCGUGGCCACCUACCUAAGUUGGCCAUAACGACGAAGUAUUUCGCUGCCGUUUUAAGUAUCACUUAUAAUAUACUGUAGUGCAAACAUACAAUAGUUCAACCCAUAGAAAGAUUUCUAUUGUGUAUUCGUAUCUCUUUAAUGGCAAAGCCCACCCUAGACUUAUCCAGUUUUAGGUUGAAUUAAUUUAGAUCUAAAAAAAGUUACUUUUGAAAUAUUCCAAUUUUGAAAUGUUCAAUUCAAUUCAUUCAAUAUUCCUUCCAAGAUUCUAUUAUUCUACAUGCAUCUACUUUCUAGUCAUUGACUUAUGAUUCGAAAUUUAUGCAAUAUGCACUCUCACUCGUAAAUUGACGAUCAAAUACUAUAUAGCAAAUUAUUAAUGGGCUUUGUAAAGUGUACCUUAUUCAGCAGCAAAGUUGUACAUACAUUACAACAUUUAAUGUAACGAAAAUAGCUGUUUGUGAUUUUAGAUUGAACUCAACCCACCCUGAUAUUGAAAAGCAGCAAAAUAAUUACUUAUUUUAGAUAUAAGAACCCAUUAUAUGUAAGUCUACUGUCACUACGAUAAUGUAAAUAA